UCCCCUCCUCCCCCGCGGGGCGCCGGAGAUGUGAGCGGCGCCAUGGGCCGUGGGUGCCCCCGGCCGUGGGGUUGAGGUGCCGCUGGCGGGGCGGGGCGGGGUGCGGGGCGGGGGUCCGGCGGGCGCCAUGGAGGAGAGCAUGGAGGAGGAGGAGGAGGAGGCCGCCUACGAGGCGAUGAUGGACGACCAGAACCACAACAGCUGGGAGGCGGCCGCGGACGGUUACCGCCAGCCCCCGCCGCCGCCGCCGCCCUCGUCGUCGUCGGCGGCGGCGGCGGCCCUGCCGUCGUCCUCGGCGUCCCGGGCGUCCCCGCCGCCCCCCGCCGCGCAGGGCCCUCCGGCCCGCCUCCCGCUGCCCCCCGCCCUGCCCCUGCCCCUGCCCCCGGCCCUACCCCCGCCGCCCCCCGACCCCAACGCCAUCCUCAUGUUGCUCAAGACCUGCGACCCCGCCGCCGCCGCCGCCGCCGCCGCCAAGGAGGCCGCCGCCGCCCCCUCGCCCAGCGCCGCCAUCAACAUCAACACCUCCACCUCCAAGUUCUUAAUGAAUGUUAUAACCAUUGAAGACUAUAAGAGCACAUAUUGGCCAAAAUUGGAUGGUGCCAUAGAUCAGCUUUUAACUCAGAGUCCUGGUGACUACAUCCCUAUAUCCUAUGAACAGAUUUACAGUUGUGUGUAUAAAUGCGUAUGCCAGCAACACUCAGAGCAGAUGUAUAGUGAUCUGAUAAAGAAGAUAACUAACCACUUAGAGAGAGUCUCAAAGGAGCUGCAGGCCAGCCCUCCGGAUCUCUAUAUCGAAAGAUUUAACAUAGCUCUUGGACAGUAUAUGGGAGCAUUGCAGAGCAUUGUGCCUCUUUUCAUAUAUAUGAAUAAAUUUUACAUAGAAACAAAGCUUAACAGACACUUAAAAGAUGAUCUUAUAAAGCUGUUUACCGAACAUGUUGCGGAAAAGCACAUUUACAGCCUGAUGCCUUUACUUUUAGAAGCCCAGUCAACUCCGUUUCAGAUAACACCUUCAACUAUGGCAAAUAUUGUGAAAGGCUUGUAUACACUUAGACCAGAAUGGGUUCAGAUGGCACCAGCUUUAUUUUCUAAAUUCAUCCCAAACAUUCUGCCCCCUGCUGUGGAAUCUGAGCUUCAGGAAUAUGCUGCCCAAGACCAGAAGUUUCAAAGAGAGCUUAUGCAGAACGGCUUCACGAGAGGCGAUCAGUCACGUAAAAGAGCCGGAGAAGAGUUAGCUUAUAAUGGCUCGUCAGCCUGUGCAAGCUCCAGAGGGUACAGAUAAUGAAUGUCCCGGCCGUGCCUGUAUCCCGAAAAAAGAAAAGCCGCCGGAGGAGCGCAGACUGAUUGAAUCCCGAGCCCCGCUUGGGCCCCGCGAAUCCUCAGGAGCUCCGUCACCACGAUGUUCUCGGAAGAAGGAAGAGCUCAUCGGACUCCGUAGUCUGUUUUGUAAUAAAACAGUCAGUUGCUGCUAGACUUGAGGAUAAUCCUGAAAGAUGACAGUCUUUCAACAAGUUUUACUUCCGAUUCCGUGAGGAGCGAGCAUCUUGAGAAAUGACCGUUGCUAAGUCAAAAUCAGCAGCCAAAAUCAGCAGCUUCCUCCAAAAAUGCUAGAGCGGGAGAACUGGUUUUUGCACUUGUUUGUUUGUUUUUUCCUCUGUGGAAGUUCUCUAACCCAUCUGUGCAUUUAUUUUAAAUGUCAAGGGAUUUUCCGAAGCUUUUGCUUAAAAUUUUACAAUCAGUAUUUUUUUUUUUCUCCCGUAACCAAGAGUUGGUCCAUCAUGUAGAGCUAAACAUUCGGUUGAAAGAAACUGCUUUCUGCUUUAUCAUAGUUUUUCUUAAUAUUUCUUAUCGUCGGUUCACAUUUUUCUACUCCGUGCCUUGAGCCCUGUGCACUUUGUGAUUUUUCCAGACCAGGUAUUCAAAUGAAAUGUUCGUGAAGAAGCUCACGUUGAAGUGAACAGACUGGGACGGCACAAACUGGUUUUGAAUCAACAGGACACUAAUCGAAGAACAAUAACUUGGAUUUGAAAUGAAUUGAUCCGAUUCAGCCUUUCUGUGUAAAAGCAUUCUUAUUAACGUUGGGACCAACUCUGGUAGAAUUUUUUUUUACCUCCUCCAUCGUACUCUAGUGGUAGGAUCAACCUCUGUAAUGAUUGUAAUACUCACUGUUGAUUUCACAACUAAAACAAGCUCCUCCAUUAAAAAAAAAAUAAGAAUUAUGAUAGAUGCCACACUCAAAUUUCCAUGCUAGAGGCCCAUCCUUAAUCCAAUAGCUGUGGGAGAAAUUCAGAUAGAAUCAGUGAUGUGGGGUUCCUGACCCAUUUCCUUUUACAUGGGUGGGAAAUGUAUUUGAAAGCAGCAAUUUGAUUGCUGCCUUUUUUGUUCUCAAGUCAUUGGAGAUUCCGAGGACCUUUCAAAGACAAAGCAAAACUUCAUUUUCCGUUCAUAUAAUGCUCUUUAUCUCCUGACCAAAUUAUCAUAGAGCUUAUUCAGGGUGUUGGGGGAUGCAAGGAAAGGAAAAGAGAACUGUGGCAGGUGAAAGAAAACGUUUUUCCUCUCUGUAGUUCUGUGAAAAAUGGAAUUAUUUACCCACUUGACUCGGGCUAUCAGACGAACAUUUGCGUCUUUAGAAAGAUCUGGGGUGGAAAAGAGAAAAAUGAAAAGAUCACAUACAGUUGGUCAUCUAGCUUUAUUUUGCAUCACCUCUUUGCCAAACCCAUUUUGUCUUUUCAGAGAAAUCUUUGGGUUUAUUUUCUUGAGAGGGGAGGCCAGAGGAGGUGGGAAAGGACAGCCCCCAAGCAGUUCAGCCCUAACUUGGAGACAUUCUCUAGGUUCAGUGGAGAGGGAAGCAACCAUUGAACAGCUCCAAUAUGUUUCCAAAUAUCUGGUUUUCUCGAUGAUUUUCAGCAGAUAUUGUAUAGAGUCCUCUGGCAGUAUCCACUUAUACAGUGAUCUGUAUGUUGUGAGAGCCAGUAUUGAUUACCGAAAUAAUAUAUCCAGGACAUAAAUUGUGAUCUGUACAAUUUGAUUUGCCACAUCAAUAGUGUUCUGUUUUAACCGAGAGUGAGACACUCGGAUGAAUCAAGCAGUUAAAACUUUAUUUUGCUUAAACAGUUUCGAGAGAGCUUGUAAAUACUCAGUGGAACUGGUGUGACAUCUGGGACCUGGGUAUGGUUUAUUCUUAAUAGUGUAUAACAUUUAGGAGAAAAGCUUAUGAUCUUUCUAUAGAAGAAGGAAACAAACAUUCCUUUUUGUAUGGCCGAUAUUUGAAAUCCCAUGAAAUCCCCGAGUGCUUUUCCUGUGGUAUGGCAUUCUUGCUUGUCCUUGUCCAACAGUUCAAGAACCUCUCCCCUUGUAAAAUCAUUGUAUUGGUGAAUUGGCAUUAAAAUAUCUGUAUGCUCUGGCAUUAUUGAUAAUGCCGAGGUGAUUACAUCUAUUACAGUUUCUUAUUGUAGGUUGAGCGUGAAGUGGAGUUCAGCAUCAUCUCCGGUUAGCUCCUUUGUAAAACUCACACUGUGAUUUAAAACUAACUCUUGUCCAUUUGAGAGGAGAUUCCUUAGGGUCACGACUUGAAGGCAGUGCAGUAUCCUUAUCUGUUCUAAGCCUAAUGCACUUGGACACAGGCACGUUCUUCACCAUGAACUCGGUUGGUCAGUGUGGGUGUGAGCUCGAGUGAAUGAAUGAUCCCCCAAAUGCAUUUGUGUUAUUUUAGGACUAGACCGGGUCUUAAUUCAUAAAAAUGACUAUUCUCAUUUUCAUGUGUGAAUGUUACACUUAACUGAGCAAGUGUAAUGAAUGAAUUAAUUGACCAAGCCCUAAAGAUUGCCUAUUAGCUUGCGAUAAGGGUAAGAAUUGUCCAAGUUUUCACGUCAUGCUAGUAUGGAAUAAGCAGUAGUCAUCGAGGGAGUGUUGUCUUGAAAUACGUGCGUUCUCCGAAACACGAUAGCUUUCUCUGUACCUUUUCCCCGGGUCGGCAGUCUUCGUAUGAAAAUAAUUUUAAGUUCAACCCCACGGCCGUCUGGUAGAGAUUGGGGUUCAAUGCCAGUUAUACCUGAUACACCUGAAAUUAAACUGGAAAGCGCUCUUCCUGUAAAAAAAAAAAAAAAAUAGAACCGAUUUACAUCCUGAUAUUUUCCAAGAGGUACUGCUGUGACCCAGAAAUGACCGGGGUUAUUUUAAAUGUGGAUUUCUUUUUGUUGUUGUCGCUGUUGUUGUCUAGAGUUAUGGUUUCAUUUUUGUGUGUGAAACUCAUCAGGUCAACCACUCGUUUUGCUCCUCAGCCUCUUUCCAGCGUCGGCACUCACCCUGAGCCCAGCUGCCCUCGGACUACCUCGUGUAGGGGGUGGAGAGCAAAAACUGGCCCAUCGAUCCUGAAUUUGUUUAACACCCAAGUGACGCUUUCCUACCGUAUGAUGCUUGCCUAGCUAGAUAAAGCGACAUCUCUGUAAAAAGCUAAUCUCUCUCCUCCGUGACAUCUUAAAGGUAAACACUGCAGACUUGAGAAGGGACAUUAAGACCUAUUAAGAAGCUCUCCUGCUCAUUCUAGGAAUUCUAGAAACCAAUUUCUAAGUAGAUCUUAAUUGCGUUUGACUUAGACGGGAAAUCUCUGGCUAUGAGGGGAACCGUUUAAGGCAACGGAAGAAUGAAAACUCAUCCACUUUCCUGCAUCACUGCACAACAUGUAUUACUAGAGUCCUGCGAAUAUUUAAAAACACCUUUCCCGGGACAUCGGGCACUCUUCUGUUGCUGUUUUGCACACACAAGUUAGUCCUCAGGAAUUUAUACAGUCGCUCAAAUAGCAAUGGUUUGUACUGGAUCAGAAGGGAAGUUGAGCCGUUUCAUCUUUCCCCUUUUUCUUGCAAAACACGUCACCUGCGGACUACUGUUCGAGAAGCUAGUCGGUACUAUGUUUCUUGAAUAUGGAAAUGAGACGGGAUUUAACGAUUGACCUGCGAAGGGGGUUUCCCUUGGUUGUCAAGUCAGGUGGUAUUAUUCACAUUUGUAUUUCUCUUCCUCUGCGGCUGUAUCUUCUCCUCUGGUUUGCUUCCCUACAUAAUUUUCAGUUGUUCGGUGAUUAUCACACCAGGGGCAUUGCUAAGGCUAAAAUUCAAAUGUCUGAUUACCACUAGUAGGUUAGCAGCUGCCGUGGAACGCCCAAGAGCCCCCGUUCGGGAACGCAGACUGAUCUAAUCUGUUUAAAGGCUUUUAAAUGUCGUUGGGAAAAGAUGAAAAACACAACAUAGUACAUCUUUAAACAGUGAGGAGCAUUUGAAUUUACUCUCCGGAAGUAUGUAUCGGUGAUCUGGUUUGGAGCCUGUGUUAACUUGGAAGAAUAAAGUCCUUCAGAGGAAGAAUACUGUGCUUUAAUGAUACUCAAAGACAAGGUAUAUGGCCGCUUUACACCUACUGUCGUGUGAGUGCUGUGUGACUAUACUUUGGCUAGAGCCAUUAAAAUUGGUUGUGUACAUGAA